AUGUCUCAGGCCCUUCGCGCCUUACCUACACGCAAAACAAACAUGGAUCAAGUUACACACCAACGCGUUGCAUUAAGCAGAGUAUCUAAUACAAAGAUUCAACCAAUAGCUUCAGCACGCAAAUCUUUAAUUCAUCAUCCAACACCAUCCGUUCAAGCAGCGCCAGAACCAGUUGCCAAACCAGCUCCUGAGUUCCACUUCAAGCCGGUUUCUAUUGGUGAUCCUCUUGAUCCGAUGGAUGUUGCUGAAUAUGAACAUUUCAUUUACAGAACAAUGCGUCAGCGUGAGCUAACAGAGGAACCACUCGUUUUCAAUCAACAAGAAAUUACCCUCAAGGAUCGUAAUCUUCUUAUUGAUGCUCUCUGCCGUUUUCAUUAUAAGCUUGGCUUGACUACUAACACAUUUUACAGAUUCAUCGGAAUUUUCGAUCGCUUCUUAUCAAAGGAGUCAAUUCCGAAGUCAAAACUUAAAGUUUAUGGCUGUGCUGCUUUCUUAAUUGCUUCUAAGAUUGAAGAUAUUUAUCCUUCCCAAUCAACAGAUCUUAUUAAGCUCAGUGAGCGUGCUUUUACACAGAGAGAAUUGUUUGCUGCUGAAAUUCAAGUUAUUAACACAAUAGGCUUCAAUACAACAUUCGCAACACCACUUUUCUUCUUAACACAUUUCAUGCAGAUCCAGGAUGAAACAAAGGAAGACCUUCUCCUUGCUCGUUAUAUCCUCGAAAUCAUGCAGACACAGAGCCAGUUCUUUGGAAUGAAACCAUCAAUGAUGGCAUCUAUUGCUGUUAUGUUCACUCAUUACUUAAGAGGUGUUACAUUGUGGUCCAAUACAUUCUCUGGCUAUACUCAGUAUACUCUUGAAGAUAUGGAUGCUUCUGCGAAGUGUAUUCGCGAGAUGCUCACAGAAGAAGACCGUGAAGAAACUCGCUUCAUGCGCCGUAAGUAUGGCUCUGACUUGUUUAUGGGUGUUGCUCGUGUUCAUAUUCCUUCUCAUUUCCCAUAA